AUGUGUCUCUGUUUUCUCCACAGGGUGUUCAAGAAGACCAGCCCCAACACCAAGCUUUCCAUCUACCUGGGGAAGAGAGACUUUGUGGAUAACGUGGACUCAGUGGAAUCUGUAGAUGGUGUCUGCCUGAUCGACCCAGAGUACCUGAAGGACAGGAAAGUGUACGUGACCCUGACCUGCGCCUUCCGCUACGGCCGCGAUGACCUGGACGUGAUUGGGUUGACCUUCAGGAAGGACAUCUGGGUCCAGACCGUCCAGAUCUUCCCACCCGUGCCGGACCAGGCCCCCAAAACCCUCACACCCAUGCAGGACAAGCUGCUGAAGAAGCUCGGGGAGAAUGCCUACCCCUUCACCUUCGAGAUUGCCACCAACCUGCCCUGCUCCAUCAGCCUCCAGCCUGGGCCAGAUGAUGAGGGAAAGGCCUGCGGUGUGGACUUCGAGGUGAAGGGAUUUUGUGCUGAAAAUCUGGAGGAGAAAAUUCACAAAAGGAACUCCGCGCGCCUCAUCAUCCGCAAGGUGCAGUUCGCCCCCACACAGACGGGGCCGUCCCCGAAGGCGGAGACCACCCGGCAGUUCAUGAUGUCAGACAAGCCUCUGCACCUCGAGGCUUCCCUGGAUAAGGAGAUCUACUACCAUGGAGAGCCCAUCAAUGUGACCGUCAACAUCAACAACACCACCAACAAGAUGGUGAAGAAAAUUAAGAUCUCAGUGGAUCAGAUCACAGAUGUGGUCCUCUAUUCCCUGGAUAAAUACACAAAGACUGUGUGCACCGAGGAGAUAAAUGAGACUGUGGCAGCCAACUCCACCUUCUCCAAAACGUACUCCGUGACCCCCCUGCUCUCGGCCAACCGCCAGAAGCGAGGCCUCGCUCUCGAUGGGAAGCUCAAGCACGAGGACACCAACUUGGCCUCCACCACCAUCCUGAGACCCGGCAUGGACAAGGAGGUGCUGGGCAUCCUGGUGUCCUACAAAGUGAAGGUCAACCUGAUGGUGUCCCGAGGAGGGAUCCUGGGGGAUCUCACUUCCAGCGAUGUUGGUGUCGAGAUGCCCGUCAUCCUCAUGCACCCCAAGCCUGAUGAGUGUAAGCCUUCCAGUGAGGAGGACAUUGUCAUCGAGGAAUUUGCUCGCCAGAAGCUCAAGGGAGAGAAGGACGAUGAAGAUGAGAAGGAGGAAGCCGAGAAGGAGGGUUAA